AUGGAAUUCUUAUCUAUUUUGGUGGGGAAAGUCACUGAUUGCUUGGUGAAGCCAGUGGAGCGAGGGAUUGGGUAUUUAUAUUACUACAACAGUAACAUCACAUCUAUGGAAAAUGAAUCUGUGAAGCUGAAGAACAUCAAAAGUGAGGUGCAGGAUAAAGCGGAAGUUGCCCGGGGAAACUUACAACGCAUUUCACUCAGUGGCGAGGCUUGGUUAGAAAGUAUCGAUACCACUAUUGCACAAGUGGAUGAUGUAAUGGGAGGUGCAGCUGAGGUUGAAAGGGGUUGCUUUUUUGGUUUCUGUCCAAACUUGAAGUCACGUUACUCCCUCAGCAGGAGAGCUAAGAAAAUUACAGAGGAAUUGACUAAACUUCAAAAUACUGUAUUCUCCUUUGAUCGCCCAGUUCAAAGUGAGGCUAUAUAUAGUAACAACGGUGAGGAGUUGGACUCCAGAAAAUUGAAAGAGGAAGAGGUCAUGGCAACUUUGAGAGAUGAAGAGGUCACUGUGCUUGGGAUAUGUGGUCUGGGUGGUGUUGGUAAAACAACACUCGCUGAGAAAAACAGACAAAAGGCGAAACAACAAGGGUUCUUCAAAGAUGGUGAGAUCGCAGAAGGACUCGGGUUGACAUUAGAAGGGGAUAAUUUGUUUGUUCGUGGAGAUCGGCUGCGUACAAGGUUAAUGGAUCAGAACAGCCGCAACCUUAUAAUCUUGGAUGAUGUAUGGGAGGCUCUUCAUGAUCUAGACAAGCUUGGAAUUCCCAGCGGUAGCAACCACAACCAUCGGUGCAAAGUGAUAUUGACGACGCGAUUCCGAAAUGUUUGUAUAGAAAUGGAAGCUCAGUGGAUCAUGGAAGUCAGAAACUUAUCCGAAGAGGAAGCAUGGUUCCUUUUCAGUCAGAAAGUUGGUGAUUUUGGCAACGAUCUUUCACUGAUUGACAUAGCAAAAGAGGUUGCCAAAGAAUGA